AUGGGGCUUUUCGGAAUUAUUGACAUGGAGAACGGACUGACCGAGGUUCAUCUCGUAUCCCUUCCCUCGGAAGUCAAAUCCCUUAAGCUUGUCGACACAAAUCACCCAAACAACAAAGACAGUGGUGAUGCGUCUAGCAGUAGAACUCCCAGUCCCACCAAGAAAUGUCAUGAGAUGAUGUUUAUCGAUGACGGCACCGCCUCUUCCUCUUCUUCCUCCGCCACCUCCACAAAGGAGCGCGAAAAACAGCGCCACACCAGUGGUGACACCGACCGACAGGUGAACACUCUCCAGUGUCGCCUUAUUGAACCUCCUCCAUCCCUUCCACCACUCCCACCGCCACCACCACCACCACCACCAAUAUCUUCGGAAGUGUGUGAAAGGUCCCCUGCAUCCUCCCGCCGUCUGCCCACCGUGGUGGUACUCGGCUACCAACGCGUCGUGGCUGAAUCCCAAGCCGCCGCAGAGCGAAUGCAUCAACAACAACAGCUACUACGACAGAGCACUCACCCCACAGACUGUCCGCUCACUCUGAGCAUCGGAUCCAGCGGGCUUAUUGAUCACGGUGUGCCCGCCUCCCCACACGGUCGAGACAACAGGGUAAGGUGUCCCCCGCCCGACGAUCUCCACUACUUGGCACAACCCCCUCCACCACAGUCUUCUCCCACUAACACCUCGAAUGAUACCACCAUUUCGCCCGUCGUGUCAUCCCCUCAGUCACCAUUAGCAUCACCACCACCACCAAUCACCUUGCAGGGGGCCGCCUCCUCUGACCAAUCAGUGUCCAACUCACCGCUCAGCAGCUCUCCGCCUGACGUAGGGCCUCUGUGGCCAAUGAUAGGUCCAAAAGCGGUGGCUGAGGACGCGGAAUCUAUUGCCGAGUCAGUGUAUCAUCAACCGCCCAAGGCGGCUGAUCGCAGCGCCGCUUAUCGGUUAGCGCGUCGCCUCUUCACCCUGGAUGGGUUCAAGAUCAGCGAUGUUGCUAAGCAUCUCUGUAAAAGUGAAUUGACUGUUUUUACACUAAUUAAUCGUGCUGAUGCUCUUAUGGUGCCUUGUAGGAACGACUUUUCGCAACUGGUGGGCGAGGAGUUUGCGAGUUUCUUUGACUUCACUGACCAGACGCUGGACACAGCACUGCGCCAUUUCAUGACCAAGUUCGCUCUCACUGGAGAGUCGCAGGAACGAGAGCGCAUUCUCUUCCACUUCUCGCGUCGUUACGUAGCCUGUAACCCUGGCGACUUUGUUUCUGAUGGUGAGUAUAUAAUGCAUAUGUGUCCUUUAUUCCCAGCUCCUGUGAUUUUUGUCGAUGAAUGGUCUGUGGCAUCCAGGUUGUUGCUGAAGGUGUUAUAG